GUCUUCUCUUGGUUGCACCAGUGGUCUAUGAUGUGCUGUAGACGUCAAGUCAAUCUUGGAGUCGCUGCGAGGUCGCAUGCGCAUUUGAGAACAAAGCGUCGACACCCUGUCAUCCGAACAACCCAUCGUUCAUAUUUUGCAAGACCUUGAAGAAUGUAUGAAGUCGGAGGCUCCAAGGAUCCAGACCGGAUUACCACACCACAGAAAAGGACGCGCCGAGCCUGUGUAAGGUGUCGUCGUCAAAAGCUUCGAUGUGACGAUUAUCGACCAUGUGCACUCUGUGUUCGGGCAUGUGUCGAAUGCGAAGAGACGGUCAAGCGGCCAAGAAAAUCUAAGACGGGGCGCGACUCAACUGUCUUGUCCAUUCUCCCCAAAACAAGUGUGGAAAAUACAACUCCAGUCUCGGCAUCGGAUCAUUCUCAUCCAUUUGAAUCGUUGGCCCCCAACGACAAUGGAACGCCCGAACGCACGCCGCAAACCACGCAACAGGCCCCCUCUCCCUUUCGCGAGCGUACAUCGACAUUCAGCCUAGUCGAAAAUGUGUUUCGUGAUCACAACGCCAGUUCUGCACAAGUCUCAGCGACAGAUGCGCUGCCAGACAGCAGACCACGUAAUCCGAAAGCACGUCCUGGUGGAAGCAAUGUGUCAGUGCGAGAGAUCAUGGGGAUCGACCUUCCUCCACCUACCGUGACCAACUUUCUAUUUUCGUCCUUUCUGAAGAACUAUCACUGGCAUCUCAUGACCUUUCACGCUCCUUCAUUCCACGCGGAACUUCAGCAAAUUAUGGACAGUGGAACGGUACCUGUCGACCGCUUCCCCUUUCUGAUGCUCGUGUUGAUCGUCCUGGCAAUUGGUGCUCGAUAUCCCUCGUCGGAUGCUGCACAAGAGCUUUGUCCGGGAGUUGACCUACAUCAAUUGGAAACAGUCCUGAUAGCCAACAUCGAGCAGAAUUUCCUUCGCACCUUGGAUGAUACUUCUCUCGAAAGUGUCACUUUCACCUUCCUCCUAACUUCGUACUCUCUGUACAACCUCAACCCGAGGCGUGGAUACAAAUUGUUUCAGUCUGUCGUCCGAGAUGCACAACUCUUGAACCUGCAUUCUGAGUCAGCGUGGAAUGUCCAGAACCCUGUAUCGAAAGAAGUCAGGAGACGCAUCUGGUGGACCGUGUACGGCUCUGACGGGUUUGCGGCCCUGGUUUUCGGAAAACCACGUCUCAUCUCGGAUACGAGCGACGAGGUUGGGAUGCAGGAAGAUAUCGACGACACCAAUAUCACAUGUCCAGGUAUCGAAUCACAAGAACCCAGAGAACACGGAAUACUCAGACCUGUUACGAUCCUGUCCUACCACCGAUAUAAAGCCCUCCUUUAUAAACUUGGAGAACCUAUAACGCGAAACGUGUACUUCCACAGACACGCGGAGACUAACCGGGUCAUAGACGAAGUUCACCAAAUACAUCGAAGGCUUCUUGACUGGCGCGGGGCCCUUCCACCAGAACUGAAGCUCGACUCUGUUGCUGGGAGAGGGACGACAGUGGAGCAAGCGUCGUCCCGCAACACCUUCAAACUCCAGGCGCUUGCUCUUGGCUUAGCCUACGAUAACAUGCAAAUUGUUUUGCAUCGGUCGCUAAUUGCUUAUGGGGACGCUCGCGAAGAUUCUAACACACCAACGACAACUACAAAGAGACAAGGAAGAAGCCGUGGCCAGGAAGUUGACGCAGCCGAGGCGAUAAAAGCCAGUCGGAACCAGUGUUGGGAAUCUGCGAUGCGAACAUCAAUGCUAGGUCAAUAUCCCGAUGUCCUCGAGCUCCUCAGGACCACCCCUGUAGCAGCUUACUUUGCAAUUCACGCGCUCACCGCUGGGGUCAUGCUUGGAAUAUUCGCCUUGACAGAUCCGUGUUCAGAACGCGCUCAGACGGCGAAACUUGGCAUCUCUCGCCUCAUACAGAUGCCUACCGACUUCAACUUUCGCGAGGCCGCCUGGCAACAGUGUGCAGACAUUUUGGAGAACCUGCUUCGCUUGAUACUGUCGGAAGAGAUGAAGGUCUUGGUCACCGGACGGCAGCACAACAAGUUAAGUGGCCGCGCUCCCGAAGGGCGACGGACGGAAGCCUCACAGGAUAGCCAGCAUCUCGUUCAAUUUUCUACCAGUGUCCAGGACGCUUCUGCGGGGAUAAUAGAAGCCGACCAGAACCAUCAUCAACCAGGACAAGCCAUGGGCGAGGGUAACUUUCCGAGAUCUGCGGAUGUAUUGCCGGAGACUUGCAUGUCUUGGUCGAACGAAAGAUAUACCCAACAGCCGAGACCUGACAUUGUGUCUCCAAGUUUGCAAUCCACCAUCACCCCUACGGAGGACUUUGGCAAUGCUCUGUCAUCAUUGCAGAACAUGUUCCGGGACAAUGGAUCAUCGUUUGGGUUCGGCCACUCUGACGGCACGGCCCGUUACGCUCCCACAAACCAAACUUUUGGCUCGACAAUGCAGCGACAGUCGAAUGCCUCCAUCACGGGCACGAACGUUAAUCAGAUGCAUUCGGAAAUGGAUUUCUUGACGGGGUCGUUUCCGUCGUUCCAAGACGCAAGCCAAUCGUGGCUCUGGAACGAUGGCAUGUCAUUUAUGUAAAUGCAAAUGACAUCCAAAUCACCCUGGGCACAUGUCUCAACGGGUUGAUUGUGGAAUGUAUGAAUUCAGAAAGGAGAGAAGGGAGAGGUUGUCCCGCGUACAGUCAAUGGAACACGUGAUGUACCCCCUAAUCGAUAGGAGCAAGCAUCGCCUUGUACAGAGUACUAUGAUCAAGAUUGUCCACUAUCUGAGCCAGAGUUGGGCUGUUUGUCAAAGCAUGUGGCAUUGGCGAUUUUCUGGGCCUUACGAGUGUCUAUUAAUGGUGACAAGGCUGACU